CUAAAUAAUAGCAACAACAACAGCAGCAAUAACAACAAAACGCAAAAGUUUAACAAAAACAAAAUCAACGCUCUAAUCACAACAAAACAAACGAGUGAGAGAGAGAGAGAGAGGCGAGACGGGAUGAGACAAGUGCGUAUGGAGCGAUUGUACACAAAAUGCAUCACAGAAUGCAAUUAAACCAAAUAAAUAUUUAAACAAAUACUGAAUUGUAUUUAGUAACAAUAAAAACAACAAAAAUAAACAAUACACACACACAUAUGUACGUUAAUUCGGAAUCAGACUCGGAGUACUCGCAGUGAGCAGACUGGCUGUAUAAACAAAAUUCUACGCACAUUGGUAGCACUGUUCUACCUCUCGCUCACGCGUCGCUGUCGCCGAGUACGGGCAAUACCGUCAACGUCAGUGUCUGCAGCGGCAGCUGCAUCUCAAGGUAGUUUCUAGUGUUUCUGUACCGGUACCGUGAGCGGACAUGGUCGUGCCCACAAUGGAUAGCCUGCCGCGCGUUCCCGACACACAUGGCGACAUCGUCGAUGAGAAAUUAUUCUCGGAUCUAUACAUACGGACCAGCUGGGUGGAUGCGCACGUUGCGCUCGAUCAAAUAGAUAAGGGCAAGGCGCGUGGCAAUCGCACGGCGAUCUAUCUGCGUUCAGUAUUCCAAUCCCACCUCGAAACGCUCGGCAGUUCGGUGCAGAAGCAUGCGGGCAAGGUGCUCUUUGUGGCCAUUCUGGUGCUCAGCACAUUCUGUGUGGGCCUGAAGAGCGCACAGAUACACUCGAAGGUGCACCAGCUGUGGAUACAGGAGGGUGGGCGGCUGGAAUCGGAGCUAGCGUACACGCAAAAAACCAUUGGAGAGGAUGAGUCAUCUACGCAUCAGCUGAUCAUACAAACGGCCCACGAUCCCAAUGCAUCGGUGCUGCAUCCACAGGCGUUGCUCUCCCAUCUAGAUGUGCUCGUCAAGGCGACGGCGGUCAAGGUGCACAUGUUCGACACAGAAUGGGGCUUACGAGACAUGUGCAAUUCUCCAACUACGCCCAGCUUCGAAGGACACUACUUCAUUGAGCAGAUCUUUAAGCAUUUAAUACCAUGCUCCAUAAUUACGCCACUGGAUUGCUUUUGGGAGGGCAGUCAGCUGCUGGGACCGGAAUUUCCCGUACAAAUACCUGGCCUUAAUCAACGCAUCACGUGGAGCACGCUUAAUCCUUCUAGUCUCGUGCAAUCCAUGAAGCAGCAAAUGUCCGAUCAGAAAAUCAGCUUCGACUUCGACACCGUGGAGCAGUAUAUGAAGCGCGCGGCUAUUACCACCGGCUAUACGCAGAAGCCUUGCCUGAACCCGGCCAAUCCACUCUGCCCGUCGACGGCCCCCAACAAGAACAGCCAACAGCCGCCCGAUGUGGGUGCUGCGCUCUCCGGUGGCUGUUACGGGUAUGCGGCCAAGUACAUGCACUGGCCGGAGGAGCUGAUUGUCGGCGGGGCGCUGCGCAAUCGCAGCGGUCAUCUCAAGAAGGCCAAGGCACUGCAGACGGUGGUCCAGCUGAUGACUGAGAAGGAAAUGUACGAUCUGUGGAACGACAACUACAAGGUUCAUCACAUUGGGUGGACGCAGGAGAAGGCCGCCGAGGUGCUUAACGCUUGGCAGCGCAACUUCUCAAAGGAAGUGGAGCAGCUGCUGCGGAAACAGCCGAGGGUGGCACACAAUUACGACAUUUAUGUGUUCAGUUCAGCCACACUGGAUGACAUAUUAGCCAAGUUCUCAAACCCAAGUGCUCUCAGUAUUGUUAUUGGUGUGACGGCAACGGUUCUAUAUGCGUUCUGUACGCUUCUUCGCUGGCGCGAUCCUGUACGUGGGCAGAGCAGCGUGGGCGUGGCCGGAGUGCUACUGAUUGGAUUCUCUACUGCUGCGGGCUUGGGCCUGUGCGCUCUACUUGGCAUCGUAUUCAAUGCGGCCAGCACCCAAGUGGUGCCUUUCCUGGCCCUCGGCCUGGGUGUGGAUCACAUAUUUAUGCUGACUGCGGCGUACGCUGAGAGUAAUCGCAAGGAGCAGACCAAGCUGAUAUUAAAGAAGGUUGGGCCGAGCAUCCUGUUCAGUGCCUGCAGCACAGCUGGCUCCUUUUUCGCGGCCGUCUUCAUUCCGGUGCCGGCCUUGAAAGUCUUUUGCCUGCAGGCCGCCAUCGUUAUGUGCUUCAAUUUGGCAGCUGCCCUGCUGGUCUUUCCGGCCAUGAUUUCACUGGACUUGCGACGACGCACGGCAGGACGGGCGGACAUCUUUUGUUGCUGUUUCCCUGUGUGGAAGGAGAAGCCUGCCAUCUUACCUGUUACCCUAAUGAACAACAACAACAACAACAAUACGAGCAGCUCGCGCUAUAACAAUACGCGGAGCGGACGAUCAGCCAUCAAAAACUGUAACAACAAUCGGGCGGCGUUAGCCCAACAGCAGCCACAGCCACAGCCCCAGCAAGAUCCGCUCUUGGAGCAGUGUGCGGCGAAUGGGGGCAAGAGCCAGACAAGUCUGCCAAGCUUUUCUCUCUCCGAAUUCGCCUACAAGUACUACACUCCGUUUCUGAUGCGCAGCUGGGUUAAGUUUCUGGCAGUCAUGGGCUUCCUCAGCGCCUUGAUCUUCAGCCUGUAUGCAUCGACGCGCCUGCAGGACGGUCUCGAUCUUAUAGACCUGGUGCCUAAGAACAGCAACGAGCACAAGUUCCUGGACGCACAGUCGCGACUCUUUGGCUUCUACAGCAUGUAUGCCGUGACCCAAGGCAACUUCGAGUAUCCAACGCAGCAGCUUCUCCUGAAGGAGUAUCACGACGCCUUUGUGCGAGUGCCGCAUGUUAUCAAGAACGAUAAUGGGGGCCUGCCGGACUUCUGGCUGCUGCUCUUCCGCGACUGGCUCCUGAAUCUGCAGCGAAUCUUCGACGAUGAGCUGCGAGCCGGUCGUCUCACGCAGGAGAGCUGGCACAAGAACGCCAGCAGCGACGCCAUUUUGGCUUACAAGCUGAUCGUGCAGACCGGCUAUGUGGAUAACCCCAUUGACAAGAACCUGGUGCUGCAAAAUCGUUUGGUUAACAGCGAUGGCAUUAUUAAUCCUAAGGCCUUCUACAACUAUUUGUCAGCUUGGGCAACAAAUGAUGUCUUCGCUUAUGGAGCAUCGCAGGGCAAACUUUAUCCGGAACCGCGUCAGUAUUAUCAUGUGCCGUCCGAGUACGAUUUGAAAAUACCCAAGAGUCUGCCGCUGGUCUAUGCUCAGAUGCCAUUCUACUUGCACGGCCUGACGGACACGUCGCAGAUCAAAGCGCUCAUUGGUCACAUUCGGGAUUUGAGUGUGAAGUAUGAGGCCGCAGGACUACCCAACUAUCCAUCGGGCAUACCCUUUAUAUUUUGGGAGCAGUACAUGACACUGCGAUCCUCGCUGGCGCUCAUUCUCGCCUGUUCAGUGCUGGCGGCCUUGGUUCUUGUCUCCGUGCUGCUCCUGUCAGUGUGGGCCGCGGUCCUGGUCGUCUGCAGUGUGCUGGCCUCUCUGGCUCAGAUAUUUGGCGCCAUGACGCUCUUGGGUAUUAAGCUGUCGGCCAUUCCCGCCGUCAUCCUCAUUCUCAGCGUGGGAAUGAUUCUUUGCUUCAACGUUCACAUCUCGCUGGGUUUCAUGACUUCGGUGGGGAAUCGUACGCGCCGCGUUCAUCUGGCCAUGCAAUUGUCAAUGGGUCCUUUGGUGCACGGCAUGCUGACCUCUGGCGUGGCCGUUUUUAUGCUGUCGACAUCGCCCUUUGAGUUCGUGAUACGGCAUUUCUUUUGGCUGCUGCUGGUCGUGCUUUGCGUGGGCGCCUGCAACAGUCUCGUCGUCUUUCCCAUACUGCUGACCAUGUUGGGUCCCGAGGCGGAGUUGGUGCCACUCGAGCAUCCCGAUCGCAUAUCCACGCCCUCACCGGUCCUCUCGCGCGGCAGCAAGCGUUCGAACAAGACGAUUGUGGUCAAUGGAUCGCGCAGCUCCCGGAACUCCUCCUCCAACAAUUGCCAGAAGGCCCAUCACUACCACAAGGAGAUCAACAUCAAUGACCCCUCAUUGACCACAAUUACCGAGGAGCCGCAAUCCUGGAAGUCCAGCUCCUCCUCCAUACAAAUGCCCAACGAUACCAGCCACCUGAACAUGAACAACAUGAACAUCAACUAUCAGCAGCAACAACAACAACAGCAGCAACAACAGCAACAGCAGCAUCAACAUCAGCCACCCUGUCAACAGUCCUCCUAUGGACUGGGGGCCCAUGCGCCCCCUCCCUCGUACCUUAAGGCGGCUCAGCUGCCACCCAACUAUCCGCCAGAGGUGCAGAGCAUUGUGGUGCAGCCGGAGGUGACGGUGGAGACGACGCACUCGGACUCCAACACCACCAAGGUGACGGCGACGGCCAACAUUAAGGUAGAGUUGGUAACUCCGGGUCGGGCGAUGCGGAGCUACAACUUUACGAGUUAGCAUUAGAAAUAGUUCCUGUAGCAUCUAGAAUAUUAUCAAUAGCCUAUAGCCAGUAACUGUAACUGUAGCUGUAUCUUGUAUCUGUAUCUAUACUAUAGAUAUAUAUCUAUAUAUUUGUAUGUGUAUGUGUA